AUGUCGUUCCUAUUCAGGGCACUGAAUUCUCCCACAACUCCUGCGUCACCAACUGCUGCUGAAGCCAUGGCUGGUGCUCGCAUUCAGACUCCUGAUGAGGCUGUUGCCCGUAUCGCCUACCUGGCGAGUGAUGUUGUCAUCUCCGUCCAGCCGUCCAAUGCCACCGAUUCUACGUUCUCGCCUUUCUUGAAGAGGUUGUCAGCGAAUGGUAGCCGGAGUCUUGUUGCGACUUCCGCGAACUCUGUCCCAGAGAUCAUUGCGACUCGCCACAACGCUGACCCAUUGCUCUCAGCCUACGAACCUGUUCGCUCUGGCCGCCUGCUCUCUGUCACGACAUCCUCCACCGUUCUUCUUUCAUCCAUCUCCCACCUUUACAAGCUAGCAAAUUACCCCGUGGUCAUCCAUGUUUCUCUCUACCCAACUCGCCAUGCCGAUUACUCGCCUAUCACCGCCAUUCGGGGUUCGGGGUGGACACUUUUACAAUCCGAGACUUUGCAGGAGGCUCAGGACAUGGCAAUCACAGCCCAUGCCCUUGCACUGCGGUCAGGAAAAGGUCUGUUGGACAUGGACACUGUUCGACGGCUACAGUCCUCGUCCGUACUUGGCUCUACCAUCUACGCCGAUGACGGCCUGGUCGCAGUCGCGGAAGUUCCGCCGACCUCCGUUCCAGCUGCUAGAUUGGAUGUGAAUAAGCUCACCAUCGAGCCCAAUGCUUCACAAAUAACAUCAGAAGAUGUCUUCAAAUAUGUCACUGGAAUCUGGUUGCAGAUGAAGAUUGUCUUUGGGCGCCAAUACCACGCUUUCGAGUAUACAGGGCCGGCUGAUGCCGAGAAUUGUAUCUUCGUUUUCGGAUCCGAUACUGGACUGUUUGCGGAGGCUAUCGAUGACGCGAAAUCCGAUGAUGUUUUUGUAAAGCUUGGUGUCUUGACGUCGCGCCUCUAUCGACCCUGGCUCGGAGCUGUCCUUUUGGAAGCUCUCCCUCAGUCCAUCGCAAGGAUUGCAGUCCUUGAGCAGACUUACAAAAAGACAACUAAAUGGGGUCCUCUGCUCUUGGACGUGCUCUCCACUGUCAAAGGUAGUCCGGGAGGCCCUAGGACCGUUGUAGGUUAUCAACUAGGACACAUCACGUCAGAGACUGUGCGCCAGGCACUUCGGGGUGUUGUUCAAAAUCUCACCUCGGAGAAGCCUAUCCAAAACCUCCCCGUGGGAAGGCCUGAUGAAACCUCGGCAUCCAGUGAUUAUAUCCUGGAAACACCAAAGGUCGAGACCGCUUACAUGAAGAUCCUUGAUCAACUAUUCGGGAAACGUGCUUAUGUCGCGAACGCAUUGUCGUCCAAGGAUGCCGGUAUCUCGGCUACCGUUUCUGCUUCGCCUGAGUUUGGAUUCGGCUCUCUUCUAGCUCGGAAGGAACAUCGCGGCCGAUUUAUCGAUGAGGUGAAAAAUGCUGUAAAGCAAGGUGCAUUUGUCACAGAUGCGCCUUCUUCCUGGUUGACCCGUUGGACCGUCAAUGCCGACGAUGCUACUAAAAGCGGCGAGUUGGCAGGUGAUGUGAUUUCAAGGCUGGAAACAGACGGAUCACCGCUUGCGAGAAGCCUUCUCGCCCACCAGGGCCUUUUCCGAAAAGAAUCUCUCUGGCUCGUUGGUUCCGAUGCCUGGGCAUAUGAUUUGGGUAACUCCGGUGUUCACCAUGUCCUCGCCUCCGGAGCGAAUGUCAACAUGCUCAUCAUUGAUUCAACCCCUUAUUCCGAACGCGCAGCCGCCGACGCUAACCGCCGAAAGAAGGAUAUUGGGCUUUAUGCUAUGAAUUUUGGCAACGCCUAUGUCGCAUCCGUAGCUGUCUACAGCUCCUAUACCCAAGUUCUACAGGCUAUGCUUGAGGCGGACAAGUUCGACGGAUUCCCCCUUACCGUGCUUCAGGAAACCAAGAAGGCCGUUGACCUUGGCUACUGGCCCCUUUAUCGAUGGGACCCCAGCAAUGAGACCAAGGGUGAGCCAACCUUUUCCUUGGAUUCCGAGCGCAUAAAAGCCGAGCUUCAAGAAUUUCUCGACCGCGAUAAUCAGCUCACGCAAUUGAUGCGGAAACAUCCACAGUUCGGCGCCAACCUCGCGGAGGAUUACGGAACCGAAGUACGUGCUGAGCAGCAACGGAAGGCUAAGGAUGCUUAUAACCAGCUGCUUGAAGGGCUCUUUGGCGCGCCGCUUACCGUCCUCUUCGCGUCAGACAACGGUACCGCUGAAAUGGUUGCAAGGAGGUUAGCGAAUCGUGGCAAGGCUCGGGGAUUGAAGACUGCCGCUAUGGCAAUGGAGGACUAUCCAGUCGAGGAUCUACCUACCGAAGAGAACAUUGUCUUCAUCACAGCCACUGCGGGCCAGGGCGAGUUCCCGCAGAAUGGUCGCCCCUUCUGGGAUGCCGUAAAGGAUUCUACUGAUCUCGACCUCGCUUCCGUCAAGUUCUCUAUCUUCGGCCUUGGCGACAGCCACUACUGGCCUCGCAAGCAGGAUAGGAUUUACUAUAACAAGCCCGCUAAGGACCUGGACAGAGUGCUGAGCAAUCUAGGGGCGGCUCGCCUUGUUGAGAUUGGUCUCGGUGACGAUCAGGAUCCGGAUGGCUACCAAACGGGCUACCAGGAGUGGGAGCCCAAGGUUUGGCAGGCCCUCGGCGUCGACAAUGUUGAAGGACUCCCUGAGGAACCCGCGCCGCUGACAAACGAAGACAUAAAGAUCGCAUCAAACUUCCUACGGGGUACUAUUCUGGAAGGUCUCCAGGAUACAUCUACCUUGGCUAUAUCUGCAGCUGACCAGCAGCUCACAAAAUUCCACGGAACGUACAUGCAGGAUGACCGUGACAUACGUGACGAGCGCAAGGCCCAGGGCCUUGAGCCCGCCUAUUCGUUCAUGAUUCGUUGCAGACUACCGGGCGGUGUCGCGACGCCUUUGCAAUGGAUUCAGAUGGACGAUAUCAGCAAUUCCCUUGGAAACGAGACAAUGAAGUUGACCACUCGCCAGACCUUCCAGUUUCAUGGCGUGGUCAAGAGCAAGCUCAAGCCCGCCAUGCAGGCCAUCAAUCGCGCUCUCCUUACUACCAUUGCGGCUUGCGGAGAUGUCAAUCGCAACGUGAUGUGCAGCAGCCUACCUACACAGUCCAAAUUUCACCGCGAAGUUUACACAUACUCGAAGAAGAUUAGCGACCACCUCCUCCCCGCGACGACGGCCUAUCACGAAAUCUGGCUUACGGAUGACAAUGAUGAGAAAGUUCAGGUCGCAGGCGAUGCGGUACAGGAUUUUGAACCCCUCUACGGCCCUACCUAUCUUCCCCGAAAGUUCAAAAUCACCAUUGCAGUACCUCCGCACAAUGACACCGAUGUGUAUGCCCAUGACAUCGGUCUGAUCGCUAUCAAAAAUGACGAUGGUAGCCUGGCUGGUUUCAACAUGUUGAUCGGUGGCGGUAUGGGCGCGACUCACAACAAUAAGAAAACGUACCCCCAGAUUGGACGGAUGUUGGGCUUCGUCUCGAAGGAACAAGUGCACAUUGCCUGCGAAAAAGUAAUGUUGGUUCAGCGAGACUUUGGUGACCGAAAGAACCGAAAACAUGCCCGCCUAAAGUACACUGUCGACGACUUAGGCGUGGAGGAGUACAAGUCCAAGGUCGAGAACAUGUGGGGUCAAUCGUUUGAGGUGGAGCGGCCGUUCAAGUUCGAGAGCAACGUUGAUACGUUUGGCUGGGUGAAGGACGAAGAGGGCCUGAACCACUUCACCUUCUUCAUCGAGAACGGACGUAUCGAGGACACAGCUGACUUCCAGAUGAAGACGGGCCUGCGCGAGAUUGCCAAAGUGCACAAGGGCGAAUUCCGCUUGACUGGUAACCAACACUUGAUCUUGAGCAACGUAGCGGAUGAAGAUGUUGAAGCUAUGUCUGGGUUACUCAAGAAGUAUAAGUUGGACAAUAUCCAGUUCUCUGGACUGAGGCUCAGCUCAUCGGCAUGCGUGGCGUUCCCAACUUGUGGUCUCGCAAUGGCAGAGAGCGAGCGGUACCUCCCUGUCCUCAUUGGCAAGUUAGAGGCUUGCCUUGAGGAAAACGGGCUGCGACGGGAUUCCAUCGUCAUGCGCAUGACCGGAUGCCCCAACGGCUGCGCUCGCCCAUGGCUCGCCGAAGUCGCUUUUGUCGGAAAGGCUUUCGAAACAUACAAUAUGUAUCUCGGUGGGGGCUACCACGGGCAGCGUCUCAACAAGCUGUUUCGCGCGAGCAUCAAGGAGGAGGAGAUCCUCACCAUCAUGAAAGGUCUCCUGAAGCGAUACGCGGCCGAGCGAAACCUAGGAGAAAGGUUUGGAGAUUUCUGCAUUAGAGUCGGCGUUAUUCACGCGACCGCCGAGGGUCGAGAUUUCCAUGAGAAUGUUGCCGAGGAUGAUGGAUCUGAUGAGGAGUAG